AUGAGUAACAUACUAGGCGGAGCUCUUAAGGUUUACUCAAGGAAUAAACGAAGAAUAGAUCCUCAUUUAGCAAUUUUAGGAUUAUGUCUAACAGCCAAAUUUUUCUUCAGAAGAGCAAAAGCUAUUAUUUCAACUUUAAGUUUACAAUAAGUAGAUGUUGCAAAUAGGUAUGGGAAGGGAUCAUAUGCACUAAUAACAGGAGGAGCUGGAGGCAUUGGAAGAGAAUUUGCUUUAGAUUUAGCAAGGAAGGGAUUCAAUUUAAUAAUUGUAGAUUUCAAUUAGGCUGGUUUGGAUUCAAUAUAAUAGGAUGUAAAAUAAAUAAAGAGUGACUUGAUGGUGAAAACCUUAUUGAUUGAUUUCAGCAAAGGUGACAAUGCAGAAUUCUUUAAGAAAUUCUAAUAAGAAAUCUCUAAGUUAGACAUUUCAAUAUUAAUUAACAAUGUUGGAACAAACAAAGGUUGUUUUGGAAUAUUCGAUAGACUGCCUAUGAAAAAUAUUAUAGAAGGUUUUAACAUUAACUUUGUUGCACCAAUUAUGGUAACAUAGGCAGUGAUCAAUCAAAUGUUAUUAAGGAAUAAAUACUAAUCUUUAAUUUUGAAUUUGGGUUCUGCUUCAUAAAAUUAUCCAUUCCCAUAUUUUUUUGGUUAUGGAUCAUCUAAAGUUGGAAUGGCAAGUUUUUUUGAUGCUUUGGCAUUAGAACUAAGGAACAAUAAGAAUAUUGAUAUCUUAACUUUAAAACCCUAAUAUGUAAGCACUGCUAUGAUAGGACAUUAAAAAGGAUUGCUUAUUAUAUCACCUCAAAAGCUAGUUCAAUCCACAUGGAAGUAUGUUGGUAGGACUAAUGAAAUUACUCCAAAUUGCAUUCACUAAUUCUAAGUAUAUAUAGAAAGCUCUUUGCCAAAAUUUUUGAGAAAUUUUACGAAGAUGAUGUCACACAGAAAAGGGGCUGAAGCAGUAACUUAGAGAUAAGAAUGA